CCUUGGGGUAGCGUCUCCGCGUCGCAGCUUUCCCGGCUGCCGCUCGCCGCUCGCCGCUCGCCGCUCCCGGACGCGCCCAGCCCUCCUCUCUCUUCGAGUCUCGGUCCAGGUCCCACCAUGCCUUCUGAGACACCCCCUGCAGACACCCUCUGCAGGUCUGCAGGGUGCCCCCACCUCUCAGGGACACACUUGGGGAGAGGGAGCCUGGAGAAGGAGCCUCUGGAGGACAAGGAAGCCAAGGAGCUGCUGUGGAUCCGUCCCGACGCCCCAAGCAGGUGUUCCUGGCAACUAGGCAGGCCGGUCUCUGACUCCCCACAUUGCCACGCUGCCUUGGUAAAAUCUCCAAAAAUCUUGCCGGAUAUCCUGAAGAAAAUCGGGGAUACCCCAAUGGUGAGGAUAAACAAGAUCGGGAGGAACUUCGGCCUUAAGUGUGAGCUCUUGGCCAAGUGCGAGUUCUUCAACGCGGGCGGGAGUGUGAAAGACCGUAUCAGCCUGCGGAUGAUUGAGGACGCCGAGCGUGAGGGGACCCUAAAGCCUGGGGACACAAUCAUUGAGCCGACGUCAGGGAACACAGGGAUCGGGCUGGCCCUGGCCGCUGCCGUGAAGGGCUAUCGCUGCAUCAUCGUGAUGCCGGAGAAGAUGAGCACGGAGAAGGUGGACGUCCUGCGGGCCCUGGGGGCUGAGAUCGUGAGGACGCCCACCAACGCCAGAUUUGACUCCCCCGAGUCGCACGUAGGGGUGGCCUGGAGGCUAAGGAAUGAGAUCCCCAAUUCUCACAUCCUGGACCAGUACCGCAAUGCCAGCAACCCCCUCGCUCACUAUGACAUCACGGCCGAGGAGAUCCUGCAGCAGUGUGAUGGAAGGCUGGACAUGCUGGUGGCGUCGGCGGGCACGGGUGGGACCAUCACAGGUGUGGCCAGGAAGCUGAAGGAGAAGUGCCCUGGGUGCAAGAUUGUUGGCGUGGAUCCCGAAGGCUCUAUCCUCGCAGAGCCUGAGGAGCUGAACCAGACGGAGCAGACAGCCUACGAGGUGGAAGGGAUUGGCUAUGACUUCAUCCCCACGGUGCUGGACCGCACGGUGGUGGACAAGUGGUUCAAGAGCAACGACGAGGAGGCCUUUGCUUUCGCCCGCAUGCUGAUCGCUCAGGAGGGGCUGCUGUGUGGUGGCAGCUCUGGCAGUGCCAUGUCUGUGGCCGUGAAGGCCGCCCAGGAGCUGCAGGAAGGCCAGCGCUGUGUGGUGAUCCUGCCAGACUCGGUGCGGAACUACAUGUCCAAGUUCCUGAGUGACAAGUGGAUGCUGCAGAAGGGCUUCGUGAAGGAGGAGGAAAUCUCGGUGAAGAAGCCAUGGUGGUGGCACCUCCAGGUUCAGGAGCUAAGCCUCUCAGCCCCGCUGACUGUGCUGCCCACCGUCACCUGUGAGCACACCAUCGAGAUCCUCCGGGAGAAGGGCUUCGACCAGGCACCCGUGGUGGACGAGUCGGGGGUGAUCCUAGGGAUGGUGACCCUGGGGAACAUGCUCUCGUCCCUGCUCGCAGGGAAGGUUCAGCCAUCAGACCAGGUUUGCAAAGUCAUCUACAAGCAGUUCAAACAGAUCCGCCUGACAGACCCACUGGGCAAGCUCUCGCACAUCCUGGAGAUGGACCAUUUCGCCCUGGUGGUCCAUGAGCAGAUCCAGUCGCGGGACCUGGCCUUGUCGGGAGAGGUGGGGGGGCCGGCAGACCGCUGCCAUGGGGAGUCCAGUAAGAGGCAGAUGGUGUUCGGGGUCGUCACUGCCAUCGACUUGCUGAACUUCGUGGCCGCCCAUGAGCGGAACCAGAGGACAAAGCCAGAAAGUGCUUUGAAGCUCGGAGGCACGGGGGCUGAGGCCCAGCUCUGACUCCUCAGCGCGAGCCUGCUUGGUGGUUCUCUUUUGCUUUGGUAAAUACCAAGCAAUCGGGUGAUUUUUAGCCUCCUGGUGCUGGGUGUCACUCUGUCCAGACCAGUAGCAAGACUGCUUAUAGCUUAGUCCAUGGCCGGCAGAGAUCUUGUAGUUUCCUCGUCUUUAACACUUGUCUCCCUAAAUGAAUCUAUUUAUGGUUUAUUCCAUUAGAUGUGUUUUUCUUUAACUUUCUUUUAAAAUGUUUCAGCAAGCAAACCUAUCAAAAGAGAACCCAGCCAGGCAGAUAGACCCCCGAAUGACCAGGGUAGGGAGACCGAAGGUGGAGGUGAGAAGGCCUCGCCAAGGAGUGCAGAACGGGGAGCAGCAGAAUGGGGCCCAGAAGUGUGGGUCGGGGCAACAGUCCACUUGGAGCUGGGUCAGUGGGAGUGGCUGGAGUGCUUGGGGUUUUUUAAUUGAGGUGAAAUUCCCUUAACCUAAAAUGAUUGAUUUUUAGAUGUGUAAUUCAGUAGUGUUUAUCAGAGAUUGUCCAGCCACCACCUCUGUCAAAUUCCAAAACCUUUCAUCCUCCUCUCAAACUGCCCCUCCCAUUUCCCUGCUUCGCCUGGCAGUUACCACUCUGAUUUCUGUCCACGGAUUUACCUGUUCUGGAUAUUUCAUAUAAAGAGAA